CCUUCUUUCAACAACAAAGUAAGUAGAACUAAACACAAGUAUUAAAGGGGAUUAAUGGAGAUAGUGAGAGAGCUAGCAAGGAAGAAUGCAGCAGUGAUAUUCACCAAGAGCUGGUGCUGCAUGUGUCACAGUAUGAAGGCCCUCUUGUACGAGCUAGGCGCCAGCCCGGCUGUGUACGAGCUCGACCAGCAUGUGAAUGGAGCCCAAAUGGAGCGGGGCUUGAGGGCUCUUGGCUGCUGCCCCGUCGUCCCUGUUGUGUUCAUAGGUGGCGCCUUGGUGGGCUCGGCCGAAGACAUCAUCUCUCUCCAUGUUGAUGGAUCACUCAAGCACAUGCUCAUCAAUGCCAAGGCUAUUUGGUUAUAAUCAAUCUAUUUGGGAACCCCCUCCCUUGUAAUUGUAAAUUCAUACUUACUAUAUAGAUCACCAGUUUUAUCUCCA